AUGACGAACAGGAGACGAUUAGGGGUAGCCGCUGUGGCACUCCUAGUUGUGAUUGUUGUUGUUACCAACUUUUCAGUGUCGAGACUGAAGAACCUUCGACUUUCUAACAUCGACAACCUAGCUGGCAUGCUGUCACUUAUAUCCAAUGAGAACAGUAAGAAGCAAGAAGAGUUUUUCAAGAAGCUUGAAAAAAUGCAGCAACAGUUGUAUCUGAAGCAUGAAGAGAGAUUGAGAAACUUGGAGAGCCAGAACGAGUAUCUCAUUGAGCAGAUCAAGCUCAUGAGGAGUCCGCCGGACAAGUUUUCACUUCGUGAGAAAUUGGCUUUCAUAACGCCGUAUGAUCCAAAAACAAAGUUUCCUGCCUACAUCUGGCAGACAUGGAAGCAUGGUCUCAACGACGAUAGAUUUGAUGUUCAAUAUAGAGAAGGUCAGGCUCAGUGGGCUGUGAAAAACCCAGGAUUUGUCCAUGAGCUAUUCAAUGAUGACACAACCUUUGCAACCGUGAAGCAUUUGUACCAGCAUGCUCCAGAAGUUAUUGAGGCUUACAAACUGAUGCCUGAGGUUAUCUUGAAGAUGGACUUCUUCAAAUACUUAAUUCUUUUCGCUAAAGGUGGUGUUUAUGCUGAUGUUGACACUGUGCCACUACAACCAGUUCCAAAUUGGAUACCGGAUAACGUCUCUCCUACUGAGCUAGGCUUGAUCAUUGCUGUGGGAUCAGAUUCCAAACUGGCUAAAUGGAGGCUGGACACGGUCCGCAGAUUAGAGUUUGGAAACUAUGUUCUUCAGUGCAAGCCUGGCCACCCUAUUCUUCGUGAAAUAAUUGCAUCUAUCACAGAAAAUACCUUGCGUUUGAGGCGUACACUUAAAGAUGGCGAACAACUUGCAUUGGAAGGUCUGUCGAAUCAGAAGUCAUUGGCAAUUCUGAAAUGGACAGGAAGUGGACUCUGGACUGAUACAGUUUUGGAAUACCUUAAUGACUACGUGAAACUGUCAAUUUACCAAUCAGUGACGUGGAAAGACUUCCAUGGCUUGGAAAACCCCAAGUUGGUCAGUGAUGUCUUGGUUUUGCCGAUCAAAUCUUUCGCUUCUACUGUUGAAGUUUCUAAAGAUGGUAAGAUUGGGGAUCCAAUCGCCUUUGUAAAGCAUUUCCUGGCAAAUAUUUGGAAGUCUGGUUAA